AUUAGAAUUAUAGUAGUUUAUUUAUUUCGGACAUUACAUGAAUUCGGACAUUCGCUGUUUUUUGUGGUCAUUAAAUAAUUAUUUUAAUAUUUAUUAUAAAACUAGCGCGCUAUAUAAUGUGCUUGUCCAUUUUCCAAUGAUUCUAACCCAAUUUCCUUCCAUUUAGCUGUCUUUUUAUGUAAGAAAAACGAAUUUCAAAUUUGUUAGUCAGGUUGUUGUUUUUUCCUAUGUUACCCGGAUGACUUUACCUCUUCCUAGAGUUAAGACUAUAUUUUUUGAUUGGCUAAGUCUAUACUAAUGAGCCUGGCAAUAUUUAUUCUGUUUUUGGAGCUAAUUUAUUUGAUUCAUAAGCCAAGUUUUCUAAUUCCAUACCAAAAAAAAAUUAAUACUGUGUCCGAAUUAAAUUACGAUUUUCUUACCAUAAUUUAUUUCGGACAGCCAGUUUUGGACAUCAAUAAAAAUGAUCUUAUAUUAUAUUUGUUCGUUUGUUGUUGUUUUUUUUCAAUAGAGAAUAAAUGGGCAAAUGUUUGGAGUGAGCUUGGUACAUUGAAUGAAGUUAAAUGCUUAGAUCUAGACCUACUAGAUAGAUCUAGAUUUAUAUAGAGAGAAUAUAGAGGAUUCAGUUAGGCAAGAAUGGCUAUCGUAACCUGUAGGGGCCUACUAUACUACAAAAGAUCAUCUGUAUUAGAAAUUUAUUAAAUUAAUAAACAAAAAAAAACACAAACAUUCAACACACAUCUAAUCAUGCAAACCCCAAACAUUCAACACACAUAAAAUAAACAAACAUAAAAUAAGUCUAAAAGUCAGUGUAGAAAUCACUAUCCCAGUGACCUAAUUUUGGUAGAAUAAGUGUGUUCAUAUUUUAAUUUUUUGUGUUCGUAUUUAUGCAUAGUUUGAAAACAUCGUAAUGAUUUCAUGUGAGGGGCUAUGCCUGGGAAUCUUAAAAUUUAGUUAAUGUUAAUAUAGAAUUAAAAUCUGAGUUUAUUGAUGCCUAAAUAUAGAGACUGUCCGAAAUAAAUUAUGGUGUCCGGAAUCAAAUAAUGUGGGUCAAAUGUGUCCGAUUUAAAUGAAAACACACGACCUCUUUGACCUUAAAUAUAAUAACAAAUAUAGGUUUGGGAAACAAAUAUAAGUAGUCAUCCUUAUUCUCCUUAAACUAAAGAAGAUUUUGAUACGUCAUUUUCUUUUCUAUGUCAAACCAUUGUAAAAUAAUGCGCUGUCAAAGUCAAACUUUCAAAUUUGGGCCUAUAGGUGUCCGAAUAGCAUAAACUACUCUAGAUCUAAUCUAUCAUUAUCAUCUGGUUAAAAUUAAAUAGUGACUAGAUCUAGUCCAAGACGACCAAGAAGAGAUAUUCACUUUCACUACUUUCAAAGGAGACUGUAGAAUAGAUCUGCAGAGAUCAAUACUAAUCUAAUCAAAUCUAGACAUCAGUUGCAUCCAUGGCUCAAAAGGAAAAUAAAUUUCCUCCUGAACUAGAAGACGAUCAGCAGGCAGCUGUGUUAUACUCUCCUUUCCGAGAAAAAUCAUUGAACCCAACUUCAUGGAAUAGAAAGCUUAAAUUUUGGGAAAAUUUACUCUCUGGAAUGGCUCUAGAACAAGGAUUAGUAACUUUUGACUUAGAUGCAUUACCUAAAAUGUUUGAAAGGAAGGGACUAACACCUAAGUGUCUUGAUACAGUGAUUGCAGAACUGAUAAAAUCUGGAAGAGUUAGAAGCAUUGAAAAUUAUUCAACCUCAAGUUCCUGGUUAUCCUGGGGAUUUGAAACACUGAUUAAGCAACCAGUAGUUUGGGGAGUUAGUCAUCUUGUGGGACCAUCUAAACCUAAAUCCUCCAUAUAUGUGUGGCCAGAAGUUGUCAAAAACCUGGCAGAGCAGUUAGCACAACAACAUGAAAAAAAUGUUUAUGCUGGAUUGACAACUAACUUGAUAUCAAUGAGUGACUUGAGAACCAGUUGUUUUAGCAUGAUUCCAAAUGAUCAGGAUUUUGAAAUUAUCCUAGUUCAACUGGAACGAGAAAAAAAGAUAGUUGUUGAAACAAAGAAUAAAGAAAAGGUUGUAAAAUUUUGUAAAAAAGAGGAAAAUUCUGUAGAACCAAUUACUGAGCUUGAACUUCAAGUGUAUCAGAUACAAAAGACGGCUAAAGGGCUUGAAAAGGAAAUCAGUAAAUGUUCUACUGAAAUUGAAAGUUUGAUUGAUGAAGCAAAAAGAUACAUUAGAGAAGGUUCUAAAUUUAAGGCCAAAAAAAGUUUGAAGAAGAAAAAUGGCAUGUUAAAAUUAAUGGAGAAAAAAUCAUCUACCCUUGAAAAUCUCUAUGGUAUUCUGGAGAAAAUACAAGAUGCUAGUACCAAUGAAAUGGUUGUAAAAGCUUGUGAAUCAGGACUUGCUGCACUCAAAUCCUUAAAUGCAGAAACAAAUCUAGAGAAGGCAGAAGCUGUGUUGGAUAAUUUACAGGAGGCAGUUGAAAAUCAAGAUGAUAUUGCACAUACACUUGGUUCUCUAAACUUGGGUGAGGACAGCAUGGAAGAUUUAGAAUCAGAAUUGCUUGAAUUGAUAAAGGAUGACAACCAAGUGGUACAGCAUGACAGUGGCAAGAUCUCAUCUCUUGAUGACCUUCCUGAUGUACCAAGUCAUGUGCCGUCAAGAAAAAAGGAAUCUACUCAGUCCAAACAUUUACCACACAAAUAUUUAUCAUCCUCAUGACUAAAUGUGAUUCUCAGAAUAGAAAUGAAUAAGUGGAAUGCAUUUUAAAUUGUAAAAGUUUGAUAGGUAAUUUUUUAGGCUUUGAAAUUUUUACCUAAAAUUGUAAUUUAUAUUAAUUCAAGUUUGUGAAUAAUAUCCUGAAUAAUUAUUUCAUUCUCAAGUAGGAGAUAAAAGUUUAUAUUCAAAUUCUGCAGUAAAGUUUCAUGAUAUCUAUGUUACAGCUGAAAUGUAUGUGUUGACUAUUAUGACUUACAUUGUAAGAAAUUUAUAUUAGGACAUACAGACCUGCCUACCAUUAUGCAAAAUGCGUAUUCGCUACGCAAAAUCUCCCAAAAAUGACUGUCAGUACGCAAAUACACAUUUAACCCGUCGCAUUACGCAUUUCAUAUCCUUUUUUUUUUUCCUCUCUUGACUAGCUUACGAGCGGUCACAGAGGUCACGCUAAGCCGUCCUGUUGGGGGGGGGGGACAGAAAAGGUGGGGGAAAACAUUGUGUCCAGAUCUAUACGUUGAUGGGUUCUUAAAAGCAAUUAGAUUUAGUCUAGAAAUGAAGAACGCGAGAGUGAGAGAGUGGCGGGUUGGUACCGUCAGUUAGCUGAUACACCAACGUGACUUUUUUUUUGUAAGUUCAUUAGUAGAAAUUAAUUAUGUUGAAUCCCUGAUUCCCGUAUUCAUUUGUAUAGAAAAAAAUAUCGAAGUGCUAUCUAUUCAAAACACAUUGAGUGACAUUGUAGAUAUCUAGGAUUCUAGAUCUAGAAUCGAGAUAACUUGUUAUACAGGAAUAGAUCUAGCUAGAGUCUAGCUAGUCAUUACGUUAUGUCAUACUACGUCUACAUAACUCUACAAUCUAGAUCCAAUUUAGUUGUAGUAUGAUUUUGAUUGACUAGAUCUAGAUCGAUAACAUCUACUACCAUCUAGUCUAGAUCUAGACUCUUAGUCUUAGUCGACUUAGUAUAGAAUAAUUCAAGGAUGAUGGUAGGCCUACGAAAGUUUGGAGUAGACCUACGUUUGUAGCGAAUCCACGGCAUCGGUAACAUUCUUGAGCCCAGAUCUAGAGUAGAUUAUAUUCAUUAUAUUUAUAUAGACAUAGGUUUUGAUCUAGUCUAGAUAUCAUUUCUAUUGUCGUAUUGAUCUAGAUUUAGAUUGUAGAUCUAAUGAUCUAAUCAUGACAUCUAGAUCUAAUAACAAAAUAGUGGAUCGCGUAAGUGUCACGCAUUCUGGUGCCAAAAUACGCAUUUUGACCAUCAGCGUUACGCAUUUGGACUUUUUUUUGGUAGGCAGGUCUGGACAUAGAUUUCAGAUCUUUUUUUUUUUUUUAUUAUGAUUAGGGGUUGAAAUACCUAAAUAAAAAAUGAUAUAGUGUAUAUUCUAUUUUGCAAUUUAUUAAAACUUAAUAAAAGGUAUUUUAAACAUACAAAAGCCAACUCAUAAUAAUAAAGCUUUCAAUUUCAA